AUGUUCAUGCAGCUGAAUAAUCCAGGGGCUAUUGAGUCAUACAAAGCCUCCACGACAACGCCGACGUCUGGUAUUACAUGCGCCGCACUUUCGCCCAAUUCGGAGGAAUCCCCAGUAACAUUCCAACAUGGCAGGGUAUACAUCCUCCUGCCUUGGGGGGUCCUACGCGACACUGAACUACAUGACGCUGGGCUAACCUGCAUGGAUCUGUUGCAGGCUGCACGGGAUCAGAAUGACAACCAUGAUGACAACCCAGUGGGCGAUGACCGUGAUCAUGUUGAUGAGGAUGAACAACCCAAUAACAUCCCUUUCGACGUGUCCGAAUUUCCUCAGCAGCUAGUGGCUGGAGAUGGGCAUGUUCAAGAGGACGUUCAUACAGCCCUAUAUCAGCAGCAAGCAGAGUCCGAUCGGGAUUAUGUGGCAAAUUUCAAUACCACCCCUCCUCGCACAGUCACUCUGACAAAAUUGCGCACGAUGUACCGCAACAAGGACUCCUUAGGUGCAAUGGGCAUGUUGUCCGGACGCCACAGGCUUGCUAUCGGCAAUGAGCAUACCAUCCCAAAAGAUGGCCCCAAUGUCAUUCCUCGCGUCGGUCCUCAUUAUAUAGAUCACACACUCUAUGUUGGCAAUCGCCGGGGACUAGACGCAGCAAUCCCUAAAAUUCGAGCAGAUCACAACUGGCAGGUCACCCUAGACCUUGCCAACACGCACCGAUUGUGGCCUGAUAGCAAUGUCGCCUGUCUCCCUUUCAACCCCAUCGGUCGCAUGGUGUAUAUCGGAACGCGCCUACAGGAGCAACUAUGGAUAGCUUUAGUUCCUACAUCGUUUUUCGAACCAAACCACCCUGAUAAUGCCAAAGCAACGUACCCAGCACUGAAUGCCCCCAGCACCGCCCUGACUCAAAACCAUGCAUUGAUGAUCAUUAUGUUCAUCGCCUAUGCACUUGAUGAGAUGCGCCUCCAGGACAUCCACUGCCGAGAGCGCUAUCCAGUUCCUCUCACUCGUGCCGCUGUCAAGGAUUCAACGGAUAUUUUGGGGAGGAUGGAUGAAAAUCAUCGGCGUAUCAUUCUGCGACUGGAUGAUUUCAAGCGACUCAGUGGUAUCCUUCACACCGACUGGAAUGAAUGGGUGGAGCAGGCGCCUCUAGAAUGGAAGGAAGAUAAUUUCCUCGCGAACAAUGCGCCUGUGGGCGUCACUAUCCGGUAUGGCCAAAAUCAGCCCCUCCUCGUCCAUGGAGCGCUCGAUGAUGAGCGCAGAAAUUGGGACAACGAUCGCAAUUACACCCAUAUUCGGCAGUUUUACCUUCUCUUUGGCGACUCAUAUAAGCUAUCUCGACGUCAGGGAAUGGCGCGAGGUUCCAAACUGGCAAAAUGGGCAUGCGGCGACCCCAUGAGGGCUGAGGUCAACCUGGAGGACCUUCCUUUACUUGACGAAGAUGGGUUCGAGAUCAACGUCUAUAACGAGCAGGGCUUCAGAAUCCCUCGGCGCGCUCCAGUGCAAUUCUCCACCUGCGGGGCACUACUUAACCUUCAUUCUGUCCAUGAACUCUUCCGCUCUGAUGACGACGCUCACGGAAAUACUCGCAAGAAGGCUCACUUUGACAUGUAUCCCCUUGCAUGUACCAAGACGCUUGGCAACAUCCAGUCUCGCAGCCUCAUAUCAGAUUUCCUCCCGCAUCUUACUCAGAUUGAUAGCGUUCUUCGCCCACCCCUCAUAGGUGAUGACGACAAUCGUGCUGAAGAUGACAUUGUUGCAGAUGAUCCUGUCCAUGGUGCUUCUGUUCUUCACGGAAUCAAUUGCCAGGUUUACAACGAAUUGUCUCAUCGCGUCCGUGAUGAGGCAAAAUUUCACCCUGUCCAACUUGGCAUGAUUUCCGCUGCUCUUUCAGGAACAACUGCCAAAAACGCUGCCAGAAACCGCUGGACUCGACGUCUCCAGCAAUGCAACCAUAGUCUCCCCCAUGAACGAUUCAACGACAAGGUGUCCGGUGACAACCAGCCUCAGGCUCUCCGAUUUGAAAAUACGUACACACUGGAUGUUUAUCGGAUGAAAGAGGAAUUUCGAAAUGGAAUGCGGCUACUCAAAGUUUGGAGCCAUCCCACUGUCCUGUCUCCCAUCAAAGACACCAUUGUGGUCUUCCAGCCAAAUCGCAUCCCUUCACUAUUUGCAUGGGCCACUUUUCCCUUGACCGCUCUGUUGGAAACUAUUUGGGAAACGCACAGCAACACUCUAGUUGAUGGCGCAGUGAUCGAUCCCUGCGUUAUUGAGUUUACAUCAAUGAUCGAGCGGGCACUCAAUUUCAGCCACACCGGCAAUGCGCGCGUGUUGAGCCGGAGACUAAUGGAUAGAGCUUGGAUUUCGCUGGGUAUCAUUCAUGACGGAUUACCCUCUAUAUCGGACACUUUUGUAGCCUACGGAAGUCUCAACACUGGAAAGCUGGUCAUCCGACAGGAAUCAUGGCCAGUGGAUCAGGAAACGCGGCGCCCUCUCACAUCGUCUCGCAGGACCCAGGAACUGACAUACAGCAAAGAACAUUACGAGGCUUACGAGGCCCGAUUCACCAUUAGGCACGCCAUCAACUUCUUGCCAGCAAACAUAUAUCCCCAUGUUAACAAUCAUGCAAUGAGGAUUGCGUGCUACGCAGCCGAAAUAGCAUUUAGGGUUUAUUUUGACGAUGUCAAACAUCUGGUCCAUGAUAGCGUUUUGCGUGAGAUCAAACCAGCCCUUGAAGGAGAUAAUAGACAUGCGCGCUCUGUUGCUAAAGACAGGCAGACAGCGCUGAGCCGAUGGCUGGAUGAAGACUACCCUCUUUCCUAUUCCAACCCCCUCACAUAUCUUCUCAGGGCCGUUGUCAACACAAAUGAUGGGAAUGGCGCGCUUCAGCUUACAUCAUCAUAUCUGGGCAACAAACCUAUCUCCUUCUUUGUCGACAUUGUCAUUAAACAAAGCACCAAUUCCGUUCGGCGUCAACCUCCCUUCAUCGCUGGAGGCAACUUUCUUGCCGUGAUGCGCGUCGCUAUCGAGGAAAUGAAGCGGUGUGCGAGUCGGGACUCUAUUCAGGGCAAGGACGUUGAUUUAUUUGUCUCAGAAGCCAUCUCUCACGUCUGCGAGUCACUCAAAAUAAAUCACAUUCCGUGGUCAGCCAAUCCCACAGGUGAUAGGGGCAAUCCUUCUUCCACCAUUGUUCAUGAUGUAUGGCUCAAUCUUGGAGCUGCCAGCCGCCCAAAACCUGCCCCGUCAGCAUCUUUUCUCACGAGGCGAGAGUCUAUCCAAGUGGCUGCCUUGAACAGCUCAGCGCAAGUGCAGCUCCGCGAUUCCCGUGGAGAUUGGUCCGCUAGUGAGGUCCGCCUCAAUGAUUUCGCCUCGGUUGUGCACAAAGUCAUUUUGCCUAUCGAAUGGAAUACCGAUUUGGCUUCUAUAUCAUCUUGUCCCCAAUAUAUCAUUGACACUUACAACUACGUACAAACUACCUUCAAUCCCUUGGUUCCCAUUCACCAUCUCUCCCUCAUUGUAUCCAUUGCCUUUUCCGGUUUGGUCCCGCGCGUCUACGCACCCGCAUUUCAGAAGACUGGGAUCCCAAAAGAACCUCACCAAUUGGCAACAUACAUCCGAAACCUAGAGUGGGUUUCCCGCCCCAAAAGGGGUGGUAUUAAUGCAGACCCUUUCAUUACGAUGGUGACGACUUUCAUAAUCGCCUUGUACGACCCGGAGUCGCCCACAUCAUUGAGGUUGGACUUAAAGGAGUGGGUCGCCAAGCACUCUAACAAAGGCAUUACCACGCUCGCUCUGUGCAGGUUGGGUCUGGCUAAAGCUUGUACUGCCCGCGCUUGUUUCUCUUCCAAGUGGGGGACUGAUAUCCGGGCACUUACAUCCUCCGAGAUUGCUGAAAAGCAUGGGGAGGUGAUCCGUCUCAUCAAGACCGGCGGCCCUUAUGGAGGGUAUGACGCAAUUGUAUAUCUCAUGGGCAAGCGCACAGCGGACCGUCUGGCGAAAAAUCUUUAUGUCAAGGCAAGGCCCCUCCCUGUCCUUGGAGGCGCCACUUCCCAUUUUUCAACUGCGGUCAGCACCCCAUCAUCUUCCUCCCCGUCAUCUUUCAAGAGAACUAUGCGUGAUUGGGAUGACGAUUCUAGGGUCACCACCGCUGGCACUAAUGAGAUCAGUGGGAAAAAAAAGAGGACCAGCCACUAA